AUGCCACCGCAUGCGAAACGUGAGAGGUGUCGCCGACGCAAGACUUCCCAGGAGGAAAGGAUUUGUUCCAUUUGCUCUCAGUCGUUUAAGAAGGCGGAGCACCUGGCCCGCCAUUUCCGCUCGCACACCAAAGAGAGGCCGUUCACGUGCCAGAGCUGUGGCAAGGUCUAUGUCAGACAGGACUCCUUAUUACGCCAUUCGAGAUUGCAGCAUGGCCAUACGCAGCCGAAUGGACCAGUGAACGAGGGUACUGGAAUCACCAUGGGAGGUCCCCCCUUGCGUGGCCCGAAUGAGCACGCGAGUGCGUUGAUGGAAACAUCCGCGAUGGCCGGGGUCGGACAAACGGUUCCCAUACCAGAGCAGCUCGCGCUAGGGCAGCAGGUACGCCCUGAGGACAACACAGGAUCGGGGUUAACACCCCCGUUUGGACCGUAUACCGUAGACUUAGCCACCGAAGAAGAUCCAACCACUCACGAACCGGAUGUUCCCAUGGCCCAAUUUGCGUCCACAGAGAUGGACGGUUCCGUCUCCGCUUGCAAUGGCCCUUGGCCUGUAGUAUGGGACGGGCCGGGGGAUCUGGACUGGACAUCGUGGUUAACAGGAACAGAUUUUGACCUGGAUGCGCUGAAUCAGUCAUUGCUGGAAUCGACGGAGCUCCGUGCAAAAGAUGCGGCCCGCAGCUUGGGCGGCGCAGCGGGACCGAUUCAGAGAAGAUGGCAUACCUUCUCCGAAACAGCGAUAUCGUCCGGCCAGACCACACCAGAUCAGAGCGAUCCCGGCAACAAUCACCCUGGUCAAAUACGUAUUUGUGCCGAUGAAUCCUACCGACAGAGACUUGCCGAGAGCCUCAGACAACAGAUACAACCUGGAAUUCUACCGUCUACUGGAUUCCUGAACCUUUGUCUCCAGGCUUAUUUUACACACUUCCAGUCCAUCUUUCCUCUGGUUCAUGUGCCAACAUUUCAACCCUCCAAGAACAAUGCCAUUCUUCUCCUUUCCAUCUGCUCGAUCGGGAGUCUGUUUCUAGGGUCAUCGCGGGCCAUGGCCCAUGGCAUAAGCAUGUUUGAAAGGAUGCAGAAGGCAAUCUUGGCCUCGUGGGAGACCCAUAUCUCAGCGAGCAAGGGCUUAUCGAUUAUUUCUUUACAAGCUGCGCUGAUAGGUCAAACCUUUGGCCUUCUCGUCGGGAGACCCAAGGACCUCGCUGGAAUUGAUAUCUUCCAUGGAAGCAUAGUGGCCUGGGCACGCAAAGCGAAGCUAUUUAGCCUUACAGAGGAUGCCAGAGCGUGUAGCAUAAAUAUAGAGGAGGAUGGUGAGGAACUAGAAGGAGCAUGGAGAGCCUGGGCGCGAACGGAGGAGAAGAAACGUAUUAUUUUGGGCAUCUACAUUCAUGAUGUAGAACUGGCUAAGCUGCACAAUCACGAACCCAUUCUCCGACAUGGAGUUGAAAAGGUGCCAAAAUUAUCGCCGCCAAACGUGUUCACCGCGCCCAACGCAGCCGCGUGGAAACGGGAGCUGAUGGCCGUACAGGCGCCAGUACAUAUCCCACCAUCUCCAGCCGUCACCGGUCCACUUUCACUAUCAGUCGAAACCAGACCAGGCGAUGAUUUCGAAUGCUAUGCGAUCCUUGAGUGCAUCGGCGCGUUGGCCCACGAGGAUCGCGACGCUGGGGGAACUCGGCUGGACAUUGUUCAAAACUGCCAGAGGUUAUUAACCCAGUGGUAUCUCAGACGCUUCAACCACAGCCCACGAAACCCUCUGCACGCCAGCAAGAUCCAGGACCCCUUCUGCCUCAUGAUCCUCUGGCACUCGACUUUCAUGCACCUCUAUACCCGUUUUGAUGACCUGGAAUGUGCCUGCGGACGAGAGGGCGAGGCGGUAUCGCAGCAAAAGCGCCCCUACGCAGAAGCCUGGGUCAGGUCAGUUGAUGCAAAACGGACGCUCCUUCACGCAACCUUGGUCCAGAGACACUUUCAGUCUAUUGCAGUUGGUGCGGAGCCAGCAUUCCAUGUGCCAAUGGCAUUGUACUAUUGUGGCAUUGCCUGGGCAUCUUUUACUCAGUUCCGGAUGCUUGAACCGCCGAGCGAUGGUGAUUCUGAAGAAUUGGAUUUCCCGGAGCUGAGAAUGUUAGGUGUCAACCAGACGAAACUCUUCUGUGAAGUGACUCGCGGAAUCCAACUGGGAAGACUGGAAUCCGGGCCCCUUUUCGUUAUUAUUGAUCUGUUAGGGAGGAUAAGCCAUUGGAAAAUAUCUGAAACCCUUUCAGCUACCCUACUGGCUUUUGUGGAGGAUUUGCCAGAUCUAUUCUGA